UUAACAACGAUUUACCCCGCUACCAUGUUCCAUACCUUCCAAGCCGCAAGCACCGCCAGUGAAAACACUACAGACGCUUUCAAGGCAACAAGACCAUCCGGAACAAGGCGAAUCACGACAAGCAAUGCAUGCGGAGAAGAAAAAUACGCUGUGAUGGCGCCACACCUUGUGGCCAGUCAAGCAGAUGCUUGUCACUACUCAAAACCACCACCACGCGUUGUACUAUCCAAGAAGUUGAUGGAGGAUCUCUCGGCGUCUGUUGACCAAUAUCGCUUGGUCUUUGUGCGUCUUNUUCCAGGUAGAAACAUCGAACAGCUGGCCAAACUCUCUAAGGAAGAUCUCAUUGCUACCAUUGGACUACCACUAACAGAAGGCGAUCAUCCUACUCAGGUGUCAGGACUGGGUUCUCCGACAUCGACCAUGGGAUCUGAAGGAGCUGAUAGUUUGGAGACACUUAUACAGGCUCCAGAGCAAGACCCGGUCGCCGAUGAGGCCACACGACAUCAGACCAGAGUUCAGGGCAUAUCUGACGACGUCAAUGGCCUGUCGUUAUCACUGGAUCUGCCCUCCUCGUAUGUGGGUGUCUCGUCCAUCACGGCUGCUCUCAAAGUCAUCUGUAGGGUGGCUCCUGCAACACGCAGAUUACUGGCGUUGGGUCAGACGGAAACAACUUUGCCAAGCCGUGCAGACUCGCCUUCUUCGGACACCACUGGUAUCGAUGUUGAGUAUCUGCCACCUGCUGAGCUCGGACAAAUAUUGAUUGAGACGUACUUCAGCAAGGUUCAUCCACUCAUGCCUAUGUUAGACGAACAACAGUUCUGGCAGACAUGGCUUUAUGGCGAGCGGAAAGACCACGCUUGGUUGGCCCUGCUCAACACGGUGCUGGCUCUAGGAUCUGUCAUGUCGUCAGAUUGCACCAGUAAUGCUCAUGAAGCGUAUUACCAACGCGCUAUGCAGCUUCUGAAUUUCAAUAGCCUUGGCUCUGGCAACACACUUGUCGUCCAAGCUUUGGGUCUUCUUACCUUCAUUAUGCCAAACUUGGCAAAUAAUCUUAUGGGCGCGACUCUGCGUCAAGCCACUGUACUAGGCUUACAUCGAGAAUACAUAGACUCGGGCCCUAUUAGUGGAGUCGCCACACAUAAAGCUAUGUCUGCUGAUGUCAGAAGACGGACAUGGUGGAGUUUAUACGUGCUGGAUACCUGGGCGAAACCAUCAUUAGGACAACCGCACAAAGGCAUUACAGUUCAAGUACCCUGCGUUAGAGAUAUCUCCGAUCCAGCGACGGCCAAGUUCUUACCUCUGGUGCACAACAUCGAGUUCUGUGGAAUCGCCUCUCAGAUCCAGGAUGCAUUGUCUGCCACGCCUCUUCUACCUUUCGAGGAGCUGAAUAGACUCGACAAAGAGCUGCUGCAAUGGCACACCGACUUGCCAGUUUCCCUGAGACCAAAGAUUUCGUCCGUCACAGGUAGUCAUCGGUCGAAACGAACAACAACCACAAACAUACUCGAGACCCCUAGCAUGAUCAUGCACUGGAGAUACCAAAACCUGCGUCUCCUAUUGCACAGACCGUAUCUCUUGGCUACAGCAUUGCGGAAUGGCAAUGAGAGCUCACUUUCUGCAGAAGAGAAGGUAGGCAUAGGUCGAUGUCAAGCAAUUGCAGCUCAAACCAUCUCAGACAUCAGUGAUAUGUGUCAUGAAGACCUGCUGGAAGGCUGGAAUGGUGUUUGGUUUAUGUACCAAGCAGUCAUGAUCCCUCUUGUGUGUAUCUUUUCAUCUCUGGGCAAGUUACAAACGAGCCAGACAGAUAGUCGGCACAAUGUCGAGGUAACUGGAUCUCCCACCGAAAACAUUACUGCCGAGGACUCCGACCUUCACCUACGAACAAAAAUGCAAGAAUGGCAGACUGAAGUCGAGAAAGCCCUCCAAUUCUUCGAGAAAAUGAACCGUUGGUCAGCGGCAGCAAAGAAGUCUCGCGACGUUGUAUCGCGACUCUACGAGGCCAGCAAAAUCUUGGCCAGUGAUGCAGACACUCUUGCUGCUCACGCUCAAUCCAUCAACAAUCCUCACCUCCUCAAUCCGACCACUACCGGCCAAACACACCAAACCGCCUAUACCAAUGCUCAACCACCACUAUCAACCUCGGAUACAACUACAAAUGACCUAUGGGGACUUUCCNCCAACGGAGCAGCCACGCUAAAUAACUUCUGGUUCGACGAUAUGAUGUGGGAUGUCCCUGUCACCUUGGACACGGAUAUAUUCGAGAACACUGGGAAUGGGUUUGAAUUGGAUUGGUUAGCUGGAAUAAACGAUGCGCAGAGUGGGGCUGAUGUGUGGCAGUUUCAGCAAUGA